AUGGAGCCUGCCGAGGGGCAGAGCAGCGGCCAGGUGCUCAUGUGCCAGCCCAUCUACGCCGCGCACCGCGGGGAGCUCAGCGCCGGCCAGCUCCUCAAGUGGAUCGACACCACCGCCUGCCUGGCAGCUGAAAAACAUGCUGGUGUAUCCUGUGUGACAGCGUCAGUGGAUGACAUACAAUUUGAAGAGACUGCCAGAGUUGGACAAAUUAUCAUCAUCAAAGCAAAGGUAAACCGAGCAUUCACUACUAGCAUGGAAGUUGGUGUCAAGGUUACAGUACAGGAUAUCUUGACUAGUGUUCAGAAACUUAUUAGUGUGGCUUUCUCUACAUAUGUAAUAAGACCAGUUGGUGAUGGAAAGGUUAACUUAAAACCAGUCAAGCUGCAGUCUCCACAAGAUCAUCUGGAACAUAGUCUGGCUAUUGAGAGAAGAAGAAUCCGACUGGACCAUGAACGUGUUUUUGAGACCCUAAUGCAAGAGAGUAAUAUGGAAGAUCGUCACUUUGAUAAUGUAAGUGAUAUAGAGGAAGAUACCAUUUCAACUGAUCUAACCCAUGUGCAGAGCAUUGAACUUGUCCUACCUUCUCAUGCAAACCAUCAUGGAAAUACAUUUGGUGGCCAGAUUAUGGCAUGGAUGGAGACAGUAGCUACUAUUUCAGCCAGCCGUCUCUGUCAUUCAUAUCCCACCCUGAAAUCAGUUGAUAUGUUUAAAUUCCGGGGACCCUCCACUGUUGGUGAUCGUCUUUUCUUCAAAGCAAUAGUUAACAACACAUUUCAGAAAAGUGUUGAGGUUGGCGUUCGUGUUGAGGCCUACAACUGUGAGGAGUGGACCAUAGGCCAAGCACGGCAUAUUAACAGCGCUUUUCUGAUUUUUAAUGCUGUAAAUGACAAAGGAGAGCUCCUCACCUUUCCCAGAGUCAAACCCACUACGAAGGAUGGUUUGAGAAGAUAUCAUGGAGCUAUUGCACGCAGAAGAAUUAGACUAACCAGAAAAUACAUCCUUUCCAAUAAGGAAGACACUCCUUCCUCUGAUCUCUGGGAUACAAGCAACCAGGCAUACUUGAGUUACAGCAAUGUAGCCACCCUGACAGUGCUGGCAACAAAAUGUGGAUGGGAAAUAACCAGCACUCUGGAAAAUAUAAAAAUAUUCACACAUGAGGAAAGUGAUACCUUGUCUGUCAAGGUAGAAAUGCAAGUGAGGAUACCAUCAAACCUAGCGUUCUUCCUUUUGUCUGACUUCAGACUCCGCAGGCAAUGGGACAAACAUUACUUAAUGUGUGAGGUCAUAGAGAAUGUGAAUGAAGAUGAGAAAAUAUAUCACAUUACAUCGCCAUCAGUGAAUGGAGAUAAACCCAAAGAUUUUGUAGUUCUUGUGUCUCGAAGACAGCCCUGUAAGACUGGUGAUCCUUACAUAAUAGCUGUGAUGUCAGUUACCCUGACAUCUGUGCCACCUUCUCCAACCUAUUGCAGAAGUGAAAUCCUAUGUGCAGGAUUCCUGAUCCAUAGUGACGGCAACAACUCCUGUACGGUGUCUUACUUUAACCAAGUUACCUCUGGUGUUCUGCCUUACCUUGCUGCAAAUCUCACUGGCUCAUCAAAAUCCACUGAGGACACCGCUUCUGCAUGCAUCAGGUUCUUGGAGAUAGACAAUAGCAAGAUUUACAGUAUUUUGUUUUAAGUAAAGUAUUAAGGGAGCUCUGAAGAUUAUAAAAAAAUGUUAAGUGCUGCAUGCAAACACGAGGAUUCUCAAUAUCUAUAUCAUCUACUACAGUAGUUCUCAACCAGGAGUCUGGGGCCGCCAGCAAAUUUUAAUGGAGGGCUGCCAAGCAGGGGCCAACAUUAAACUCACUGCGGUCCAGGAAAGAAAGCCAAAGCCCCACCAUACAGGGCUGACAAGUGGGGCCCCGCCAUCCGAGGCUGAAGCCAAAGCCCGAGCAACUCAACUUUGCAGGGCCCCAGGCAACUGUCCUGGUUGCUACCACCUAACACCGGCCCUGGCUUUUAUAUGCAGAAAACCAGUUGUGGCACAGAUGGGCUGUGGAGUUUUUAUAGCAUGUUGUGGGGGGACGGGGCUCAGAAACAAAAAG